UGGUUUACUCUACGCCAUAAAAAAAUGGGAUGAUACUUCAAUGUCAAAGAGGAAAAGAGGGACUGCCUCAGAUAUAGAUCUUCGUGCAUAUUCCUCUGCCUCACACUUUUCGCGCGACUCGACGAAGGAGGGCUGACAAGAGCGCAGUGCGCACCGACUGUCCUCGGGAAGAACGAGGAGAGGCUGACUGCCUGAUGGUCACUAUGGAUUUAAGUUCUCUGUAAACCUUCUCAGCAGGUUGGACCGGAGGCUUUUUAUUUCAUCCACUGCAGGUAAGACCCACACCUGACCCAGGACACAGACCUGUCAGGAGAGCCCCAAGAGACUGGCCAGCAGUCUGGGGAAGCCAUGGAGAAGAAUGAGAGGUCCACCCCUAUCCCUGGCAAAGAGAAAGAGGUGGAUAUCAUCAACAUCAAGGGCAUCGAGGACAUAGGCUAUGUCCAGCCGGAUUCCAUACUCCUGAACUCCCUGACACCCGAGGAGAACACCCAAUGCCAGCACGGACUAUACUUCCAGGAUGGAGAGAGGCGGGUGGACUACAUCCUCACCUACCACAUCAAAAAGCCCAGCAGCUCCCGCUCUAACCGACAGUCCUCCCGCUUCACCGACAAUGCCUUCACACGGAGCCUCCGCCGCGGGACGGCCAGGCUGGGACGACCCCCGCCCCCGCAGCCCAGAGGUGACCCGGAGGUGGCCUCUCAGGACCACAGCAUGGACUACCAUGAGGACGACAAGCGCUACCGCCGGGAAGAGUUUGAGGGCAACCUGAGGGAUAUGGGCCUGGAGCUGGAGAAGGAUGAGGAUACUAAAACUCCAGGUGUGGGUUUUGUGAAGAUCCACGCUCCAUGGCAUGUGCUCUGUCGAGAGGCAGAGUUUAUGAAGCUCAAGAUGCCCACGAAAAAAGUAUAUGAAGUGAAGCAGUGCAGUGGUGUUGGGGCGAAGAUCAACACAUUGGUAAACAAAGCCACUGAACCACUUCACCCCAACGUGGACGAGAACAGGGGACAACACGUUAAGCAUCUCUCCUACGCGUUUUCCAGGGAAAAACAACACUUGUUUGAUUUAUCAGACAGAGAAUCCUUCUUUGACAGUAAAACAAGAGCUUCAAUAGUUUUUGAAGUAUUGAAACGUACAAAAUGCACAAAGGCUAAGUAUAGUAUGGGGAUCACCAGCCUGCUAGGUAGUGGAGUCUACACAGCUGCCUAUCCGCUACAUGAUGGAGAUGUGGAUGGUGAAAACGUGGAGCCCAAUGAUAGGAAGCUCUUGUAUGAGGAGUGGGCGAGUUACAGUGUCUUUUACAAAUACCAGCCUAUCGGGCUAGUGAGGAAGUACUUUGGGGAGAAGAUAGGGCUGUACUUUGCUUGGCUGGGGCUGUACACCCAGAUGCUGAUCCCUGCUUCUCUAGUGGGAGUCAUCGUGUUCCUGUACGGCUGUGCCAGUGUAGACAACAACAUUCCCAGCAUGGAGAUCUGCCACCCCAGGAACAACAUCACCAUGUGCCCGCUGUGUGACAGAGCCUGUAACUACUGGAAACUGAAGGAAGCCUGCGGGACGGCCCGGGCCAGCCACCUCUUUGACAACCCUGCCACCGUCUUCUUCUCCAUCUUCAUGGCCCUCUGGGCUGCCAUGUUCAUGGAGCACUGGAAGAGGAGACAGAUGCGUCUCAACUACGAAUGGGAUUUGACCGGCUUCGAGGAGGAGGAGGACCACCCGAGAGCUGAGUACGAGCUCUGCGUUAUGCAGAAGUCCCUGAAGAAAGAACACAAGACGCAGAAGCCUACAGAGAUAGCAGAAGAACCAACAAACAAAUGGAAGCAAACGGUUCAAUCUGCCAUGGCUGGGCUUAAACUGACUGAAAAAGAAAAGCUGACCUGCAGAGACCGGUUACCAGCAUACAUGACCAACAUCGUCAUGAUGCUUCUGAUGAUCGGGGUGACCUUUGCUAUAGUGUUCGGGGUCAUCCUCUACCGGAUCUCCAUCACGGCAGCGCUGCACAUGAGCAACAACCCCACGACGCGAUCCAACGUCCGUCUGAUGGUAAAAACAACGGCCGCAAUCAUCAACCUGGUGGUCAUUCUGAUCCUGGACGAGGUCUACGGAGCCGUGGCCCGCUGGCUCACUGUCCUCGAGGUCCCAAAGACAGACAGGAGCUUUGAGGAGAGGUUGAUAUUCAAGACGUUCGUCCUAAAGUUUGUGAAUGCCUUUACUCCCAUCAUAUACAUAGCAUUCUUCAGAGGCAGGCUUGUUGGACGACCUGGAAGUUAUCUGUAUGUGUUUGAGUCGUACCGCAUGGAAGAGUGUGCUCAUGGAGGAUGUCUGAUGGAGUUGUGUAUUCAGCUCAGUAUCACCAUGUUGGGAAAGCAACUCAUCCAGAACAAUUUAUUUGAAAUCGGCAUCCCGAAGCUGAAGAAGUUGAUCAGGUACAUCAAGUCUAAGAGAAGGUCCUUCCAGGAAGAGGAGAGGGAGAAGAAGUUACAGCGCUAUGAGACGGACCACUUCCUAGAGCCCUUCGCAGGCCUCACUCCAGAGUACAUGGAGAUGAUAAUCCAGUUUGGGUUUGUGACCUUGUUCGUGGCGUCGUUUCCGCUGGCCCCACUGUUCGCCCUGCUCAACAACAUCAUCGAGAUACGCCUGGAUGCCAAGAAGUUUGUGGCUGAGCUCAGGAGGCCGGUCGCUGCGAGGGCAAAAGACAUUGGUAUAUGGUACAACCUUCUCCGAGGUGUGGCUAAAGUGGCCGUCAUCAUAAACGCGUUUGUGAUCUCCUUCACGUCAGACUUCAUCCCGAGGCUAGUCUACCAGUACAUGUACAGCCCAGAUGGCUCCAUGCACGGCUUUGUCAACCACACCAUGUCCUAUUUUAACGUCUCAGACUUCCAGGAUGGUAAAGAACCUAUGGAUCCUCAUCAUCUGGGUUACCAGGUGGAGAUGUGUAGGUAUAAGGACUACAGGGAGCCUCCAUGGUCCAACACGCCCUAUGUGGUCUCUAAAGAGUUCUGGGCGGUCCUGGCCGCCCGACUGGCCUUCGUCAUAGUCUUUCAGAACGUUGUGAUGCUGAUGAGUGACAUCGUGGACUGGUUGAUCCCAGACAUCCCUAAAGACAUCAGCCUUCAGAUCCACAAGGAGAAGAUCCUGAUGGUGGAGCUGUUCAUGAAGGAGGAGCAGGGCAAGAUGCAGUUCAUAGACAGCAUGACUCCUUGUGACGGCAAGGGGCGCAACAACCACGCCCCUAUAGCCCGCUCGCGCUCCAUCCCACACACACACAGUCACACGCACGCCAACAACUUCUAGCAGCUCCUAUAAGGUGUAGCCUUGCUAGCUAAGCCAAGGGUUACUACUCUCUGUGUCUUUAUCCAUGUCCAGACAUUCCAUAGAAAGGGAGAAGUGUUCUCUUCAAGACGUUGUCGGAGGCCGAACUACGACAAACAGAAACAGUCCCCGUGCACAAUGCCUUCCUGUCAAACCAUUCAGUGAAUAACUAACUAGCUAACUGCCAACCAGUUAACGAAGUGCCAGCCAGUGGGGUCAUGGUUUUGAGGGAUGAUCUUAAAUGUGGCGGACCAUACCAUAUUCAGAGCAGCCAGAGAAGAGAGAAAAUGUUUGUUUAAAAUGUUCCUUACGUGCUUUACGUUACAGCAUAUCUGGCAUCCGAGGUAUUUCGAUGUUUGCCUCUUUAUAAACAGGAUGUAGAUUAUACAUAAUCCUUUUACUCUUACGACUCAACCAUAUCCAUGGUGCAACCGUGCGAAUAACCACUCUCAUAAACGCUAAACUUUGUAUUCAAUCGCUACACAACACUAAUGAACGAUUAUUUUCUUUACCUAGAUUUUUUUUUCAUUUGUAUUUUUAACUAUAAAAAAAAACUAACUUGGAUAUCUUGAAAUGUAUGUGUGUGGAGCAAAGGAUAUCAUCUUAAAUGGGUGACAGGUUUUUGUAUGUCUUUGAUUCAAAGAUCUCAAAUGUUUUUAGCUACCAAGCACACAGUUGAGCAUGGUUGAUACAUCACCUGGUUGUGGGCUCCCAUGCUAUCAUAUAGCAAAAGCUGUUAGUAGAGUAUUUUAUUGCGUUACAGUACACAAGUAAAAUAGCACUGUAUGAUGACUAGGAUGCUGCUAAACAUAGUAAAAUACUUUGAAUCACUUUAGUUCAGAAUAUAUACGACUUAGCAGUGUUGUAAGAAUAUACCCCUGUUGUAACAUGUACAGUUCAGGCAAAUCUUUCUCUGCCACAAGACAUACAUUAUACUAUGUGACUUCUACGCUUCAAAGCCAAUCAGGAUAUUCUUUUACAUGUGGAGCAAUAAUAAUGAAACCUUUCAGUUGUACUUAAAAUUGUAUAUUGUUUACACUUACUUCUGUCUACUGGAUAUACUAAGAAACAUCAUAUUUCUCGUUCUUCUCGUUUCUCGUUGAUCCUUUUAUAUGUCAAACCAAUGUCUUCAUACAAAAUGAGAGUAAUUUCAUAGCAGCCUAUUUUACUGUAUUGAUACCGACUACGUUGUAAAUCAUUUUGAUGUGAUGUUGAAUAAAUAAUGCAUUAGAUUGAAUGUAAACAACAAUGCGGUAUGGC